AUGAAGUGUAACGGACAUAACAUUUGGCGACGAGGACAAAUCGGAAAAAGUGCGGGGAGCGAAAAAGUAGUGCAAAUAAAAAGUGAAGCAAUACACCUCAUCUUGAACGACACGAGAAGCAGCAAUCAAAGUGGAUUCGUACGAGCAAUCUACGCAGCACUAUAUCGCGAGAGGAAGCCGUGGCAUCGAAUAAUUCGUAUACACAUGGACGAUUUGAAAAACAUCGACAUACAGAAAUUAAAUAAAAUCGAAGCUAUCGAAAUCUUAUGUACAUUUGAACCAGAAUCAAUAUACAAUUUGAUAACGUUAGAUGACAUACGAGCUGUCUUACGUAUCAUACGAAGAACCCCACUAGAAAAAAAGAAGCAAAAAGAAAACAUUCGCGAAAUAGAAUCAGACACGCAAUACGAAAUGGCGGAAUCACUGGGGACAUCGCUAGAAUUCAACAAAAAUAAGGAUAGCUGGGACGAAUAUACAGAACGAAUGGAACUGUAUUUUAUAAUGAAGAAAAUAACAGAGGAUAAUCUGAAGGUCGCACACUUACUAACGAUGGCCGGAGCAGAUACAUACAGGCUCAUUCGAGAGUUAACACUGCCUGACAAGCCAAAGGACAAAAAAUACGACGAUAUCAUCAAGCUAGUCGAAAAUCAUCUGUGUCCAAAAAAGAGUGCAAAAGUGGAGCGCUCUUUAUUCAGAAAAACAUACCAAAGGUCAGGGGAAUCGGUAGCCGAUUUCGUAGCACGAUUACGAGAAAAGUCGAUAAAAUGCGAUUUCGGCACAACACUCAAGGACAAUCUGUGCGAACAAAUAGCAGCAGGGAUCCAGGACCACGAUACAAAAAUCGCACUCUACAGCGAAACGGAUCUGACGUACGAGAAGGCGAUGGAGAUUGCCACAGCACGAGAGGCAGCAGUGAAAAAUGCAGCUGCCACAAGCCGACCACAGCACAAUCAACCAGUCAACCACAUGAGGGAUCAACAGAGAUCUUCACCGUCGGGCAGUAAAUAUAACAAAAAUGCGAAUGAAAAAAAGAUAAAACGUUGCUAUUGUUGCGGAUCAGUGAAUGAUCACUACACACGAGACUGUAAAUAUCGAGACAAAACAUGUAAUUAUUGUAAAAAAGUUGGUCAUUUAGAAAAAGCAUGCAUAAACAAACACGGGAAGAAUAACAUUUUCAAUUCAAACAAAAAAUCACAUAAUAACGACAAAAAAGUACAGUUGUUGCAAAAUGAUAGCGAGUCAGAAGCAGAAACUUCGGACAAUGAUAGCGAUUUUCACAUGAUAGACUUUAAACGCAUGCCAACAUCAAGUAACAUGAAUAAAAUCGUAGCCGAACCAUUAAGUGAGAAAAUCUUUGUUCAAGAUGUUUUGAUUGGAAUGGAAAUCGAUACCGGCACAUACGUUUCCGCAAUUUCAGAAUUUGAUCAAAAAAAAUUUUUCCCAAAUCUUAAACUCAAGAAAUGCGACCUCAUGCUAACAUGCUACGGGGGCAUUCCCUUACAACCAAUAGGCAAGUUAAAUUCAUUAAAAGUCACAUGGAGAGAUAACACGAAAACUCUCGACUUAUACAUUAUGAAAGGCAAAGGCCCUAUAUUGCUGGGCAGACAAUGGUUAGCCGCAUUCGACUUAUGGCCUAUCAAACUCUUUCCAGAAGUACAAAAUCACAAAGUUUUGAGCAUUUGCAGCGAAGAUAUCAGGCAAAAAAUGCUAGAAAAGUUCCCAAUUUUGUUUUCGAACACUCAAGGUACAUACAAAGGUAGAAAAAUUCACUUAGUAUUUAAAGAGGAGGUGAAGCCAGUACAAAUGAAACCGCAUCACGCGCCAUUUGCGUUAACUUCAAAAAUUUCCGACGAAAUCAAACGUCUAGUCAAACUAGGCAACUUAGAGCCGGUAAAAUGCAGCGCCUGGGCAACACCCAUUAUUCCGGUGCUUAAAAAAAACGGAGAAGUUCGAAUUUGCGGUAACUUCAAAUUAACAGUAAAUCCUCAGUUAAUUAUCAAGAGGCACCCUAUACCUUUAAAAGAAAAGAUUUUCAACACGCUGCAAGUAGGUCACAAAUGGUCGCAAAUUGAUUUAAAACACGCGUUUAUGCAAUUUGAAUUAGACGAUGAGUCGAAAGAUGCACUAACAAUAAUAACACACGAGGGAUUACACCGAUACACGCGCCUAGGUGAAGGUGCAGCGUCAAGUCCCGCGGAAUGCCAAGAUAUACUCGAGGAAAUUCUAAACGGAGUUCCGCACACAGAAAUUUACAUAGACAACAUUUAUUGUACCGGCCGAACAGAACAAGAGCACAUUGACAUACUUACAGAAAUUUUUUCGAGGUUAGAAAAAGCCGGAUUACGGGUUAAUUUGCUAAAAUGUGAUUUUUUUAAAAACGAAAUAGAAAUACUAGGUUUCAAGAUAAGCGAAAAAGGAUUACACGCAAGCCCGUCAAAAAUCGAAGCAAUAGAAAAAGCGCCAACACCUACUAACGUUAAAGAAUUAGAAGCAUUCCUAGGAUUAGUAAAUUUUUAUGAGAGAUUCCUGCAAGAUAGAGCAGACUACAUAUGGCCAUUAUACGAACUGGUUAAAAGUAAAAAAUGGUUAUGGACAGAUAAGUGUCAAAAAGGCUUUGACUGGGUCAAAGAGCAAAUAAUAUCCGAUAAGAUACUAACAUUAUACGACCCUAAUGUGCAAUUGAUACUUGCAUGCGACGCAAGCGAUAUCGGCUUAUCAGCCAUCCUAUCACACAGAUUCCACGACGGUUCGGAAAGACCAAUCGCAUUUGCGUCAAAAAUCAUCCCAAAAAAUGAACGUCACAGAGCCAUAAUAGAUAAAGAGGCAGGGGCAAUAAUAUUCGGCUUCAAAAAAUUUUAUCAGUACAUUUACGGCAACGAGAUUAUAUUAAAGACUGAUCACGAACCCUUGAAGUUCAUCUUCGGUAAUAAGAAUAUGUCAACUAUGAUUCACAGCCGACUUCAACGUUGGGCAUAUUUCUUAUCAGGUUAUAAAUAUACAAUCGAGGUAAUUAAAUCAAAAUCCAACGGAAACUGCGAUGCAUUAUCCAGACUGCCAAUAAAAGACAAGACACAUGUUUUCGAAAACGAAUAUACCUGCAUUAAUUACAUUCAAAAUAAUUGUUCAAUCAUUGAUUCUAAGACAGUAGCUACAGCGACAUCUAACGAUAAAACUCUGAGGAAAAUAGUUCAUUACGUAAGAAACGAGUGGCCAAAAACAGCGGACUUGUCUCGCAUAGAGAAUAAUUUCUUUAAAAAACGCCACGAAUUAGAAAUAGAAAAUGGCAGUUUAACAUGGGGCUAUAGAAUUGUCAUACCAGAGUCAUUGCGAAAAGACAUUUUGAAAGAAUUACAUUCGUCACACAUGGGCGUAGUUAAAAUGAAGCAGCUAGCCAGAAAUUAUUUCUGGUGGCCGUACUUAGAUGAAGAUAUCGAAAAUUUAGCAAAUAGCUGUAAAAUCUGCUUAGAGAAUAGACCAGAACCGACGAAAACAUCACUUACACCCUGGCAAUGGCCGAGUACCCCGUGGUCAAGAAUACAUAUCGAUUUCAUGGGGCCUUUCCACAAUUGCAUGUUUUUGAUAGUAGUAGAUGCGCAUUCAAAAUGGACUGAAGUGAUAAACAUGAAAAAAGACACAACCGCACAUAAGCUGAUUAAAGUACUAGACGAAAUUUUUUCUAGAUACGGUAUCCCAAAGCAUUUGGUGUCAGACAACGGUCCGCAAUUGUCAAGUGAUGAGUUCAGAAAGUUCUUGAAAAUGUAUAAAAUCAAACACACGUUUUCUCCGCCCUACUAUCCAGCCACUAACGGCGCAGCGGAAAACUUCGUUAAAACCGUAAAAACGAAAGUUGACAAAAUGAUCAAAGACGGAUAUCCUCUAGACUCUGCGAUAAACAGAUUUUUAAUCGAUUACCGUAACACCCCACACGCUACUACUAAUAAAACACCAUCAGAAUUGAUGUUCAAAAGGGAAAUACGCACAAGAUUCGAUUUAUUAAGAUCCGACAUAGUAGGCACAGUAGAAAAAAAUCAAUUUGACCAAAAACGAUUCAAACACGGCAAUAGAAAAGGCACAUUCUCUGUUAACGAAAUAAUUUAUGCCAAAGAUUAUCGCAAAGACACAAGUAAAAACUCGAAAGCCGUUAUAGUUGAACAGCGUUCACCUGUCAGUUAUAAUGUACGAUUUGACGACGGAUUUGUAACAAAGCGUCAUAAAAAUCAGAUUUUUCAGACCAGCUUAGGUCAUGAUCUUAGAAGAGGGGAAGGUGUAAAUUGUGAUGAACCUCACCGUAGAGAUAAGAAUACUACCUUAAAUGACGAGGAGAGAAAUAUUGUUAGUGAAAAAAGUGAUAAGUGUUUAAACGAAAAUUCCAAAAGCCAACCAGAAAAAAGUGAUUCAGUGAAGCGCAGAUACUCAAAGCGCAAUUCAAAACCUAGAAGAGGGGAGUUGGAGUAUAUCCGAUAUGGUGUGAGAGCGUGGCGGGUGGGGAUCGUGGAAGUGCCGUCGCACGUCAUUUAUCUUCCGAUCACCGUAAAGACCAUAGAUCACAUACAGCUUCGAUUACCCAACAAGAGUUAUAUUAGUAAGGCGGCAUGUCCCGAUCAAGUCAGUCAUCGAUCGAUUCCCAAACCGUUAACACGUCAAAACGUGGAAUUCCUGAUAGCUCUGGGUCUAAAAGUGACACCUUUUGGAAGAGGAAUUUCCAACGAAUAA